GCGCUGCCGACCAUCUCGCACCGAAAGCCCCCAGCCAGCGCUGCCGAUCUGCACGCCUCCGCUGCAUCCCGCCGGCCUGUCUCUGCCCGUCCCACCCAAGCCCCAGCCGAUCCACUGUAUCGGUGUGCUCCCAGAUCCGUAGUACCGCAGCCCAGCAACCGCACAACCGCACAACCGUUCUGUCAUGUCCCUUUCCCAAGCUCUGCGAUCCCGGCUCUCGGCAGUAUCGAGCAUGACCUCGUGCCGAGCCGGCCCUGUUCAGCUUGUGUGCUCGGUACGCCAUGCACGAGCACCGACGACAUCCAAGCCUACUGAGAGGAAAGGCUCGGACGCUGUCGACAAACGAUACCAGGUCGUCAAAGAGAUCCUCUACGGCGAGCGAUUCAAGCGAGCGCCCUCCGAGGUGGAUCCCCAACUCGAGCAGGGGGAAGAAGACCGUCUCGAGAUAAUCGAGCGCAUGUGGGCGUACGAGAAGCAGCAGGAGGCUGUGCGCCAGGUCGAGGAACUGAAGCAAAAGUACGUUGCCAUGCGGCUAGCCAUGGAGGAGCUGGAGAAAACCGACGCUCGCCUCUUCCAGGAAGCCACCAAGACAAGCGACGAUCUGGUCAUGUUCCCGAAGCGCAUGAAGAUCCCGACCCUGACCCCACCCAUCGGUGGCUGGGACCACAAGCCGAAUUGAUGGACGGCCGAGCCUCGCCCAGACCUUGCUGGAUCAGCGGGCUGAGGGGGGGGAGUGGAGUUCUGUUCCAGGACCAUAUUCUUAUUUGCCCCAUCCAUCGCACCUUCCAUCGUCCUGCACCCCGCCUCCUUGACUCGUGCCGUGACCCCGCUGCAUGACUCUCCGGUCGAUAUCAGAUGCCGCUCGCUCCCGGUGAAAAUCCGUCAAUAAAGACAACCAAGCUGCGAGCCGGCACCCCUGCA